UGGAGAGGCGCUCGGAAUGCAAGGACUCCUGUGGAACUACAACUCCCAGAAGGCCUUGCCACUGCUGAGCGGAAGAACUCCCUAAGGUCACGCGAAAGACACGGUCGCAGCUAAUUUGUUUUUUCUCACUGAGCCAGAGCACAGUUACUUGGGGGCGGCCAUCUCUCUUCGUGUCACUUAUUACUGGUCCUCGGGUUUCCAAGGUAACAGUGCAGCGGGACUGGCCGCAGGCUGCGGGAACCGAAGCCCGGAAGUGACGCUCUUACUUCGCGUCCGGGUCGAGAAGGUUCGAAGAUGGCGGCGCGCAAGGGCCGGCGGCUCCCAUGUGAAACUGGGGAACCCAUGGAGGCUGAAUCCGGCGAUCCAGGAUCCGAGAGCCCGUCGCAGGUCUACCUGCCCGGCAAGGGCCCGCCGCUGGCAGAAGGGGAGGAGCUGGUGAUGGACGAGGAGGCCUACGUGCUGUACCACCGUGCGCAGACUGGCGCCCCGUGUCUCAGUUUUGACAUAGUCCGAGAUCACCUGGGCGACAACCGGACAGAACUCCCUCUCACUCUUUUCCUGUGUGCGGGAACGCAGGCUGAGAGCGCCCAGAGCAACAGACUAAUGAUGCUUCGGAUGCACAAUCUCCACGGGACGAGGCCAGCACCCUCAGAGGGCAGUGAUGAGGAGGAGGAGGAGGAGGAAGAUGAAGAGGAUGAAGAGGAGCGGAAACCUCAGCUGGACCUGGCCAUGGUUCCCCACUAUGGUGGCAUCAACCGAGUCCGGGUAUCCUGGCUAGGGGAGGAGCCUGUGGCUGGAGUAUGGUCAGAGAAGGGCCAGGUGGAGGUGUUUGCACUGAGGCGGCUCCUACAGGUGGUAGAUGACCCCCAGGCCCUGGCCAUUUUCCUCCGAGAUGAGCAGGCCCGUGUGAAGCCCAUCUUCUCCUUUGCUGGCCACAUGGGUGAGGGCUUUGCUCUUGACUGGUCCCCUCGAGUGCCUGGCCGCUUGGUGACUGGCGACUGUCAGAAGAAUGUCCACCUCUGGACACCCACAGACGGCGGCUCCUGGCAUGUGGACCAGAGGCCAUUUGUGGGCCACACACGUUCUGUGGAGGAUCUGCAGUGGUCACCAACUGAAGACACGGUGUUCGCCUCCUGCUCGGCGGAUGCCUCCAUCCGCAUCUGGGACAUCCGAGCAGCCCCAGGCAAGGCCUGCAUGCUCACCACAGCCACUGCCCACGAUGGGGAUGUCAAUGUCAUCAGCUGGAGCCGCAGGGAACCCUUCCUGCUCAGCGGUGGGGAUGAUGGAGCCCUCAAAGUCUGGGACUUACGACAGUUCAAGUCUGGCUCUCCUGUGGCCACCUUCAAGCAGCACAUGGCCCCUGUGACCUCUGUCGAGUGGCAUCCUCAGGACAGUGGGGUCUUUGCAGCCUCGGGCGCUGACAACCAGAUCACACAGUGGGACCUGGCAGUGGAACGGGACCCAGAGGCGGGCGAGGCAGAAGCAGACCCCGGGCUGGCAGCACUUCCCCAGCAGCUGCUGUUCGUACACCAAGGGGAGACUGACCUGAAGGAGCUGCACUGGCACCCACAAUGCCCUGGGGUUCUCAUCAGCACCGCCCUGUCCGGCUUCACCGUCUUCCGCACCAUCAGCGUCUAAGGUGGCACAGGCCUUGGCUCUUCCCUUCGUGGGAACUGGCUCUGUUAACUCGGUGGGGGUCAUCAAGUCUGCAGACUGCACCCCAGAAAGACAGGCUUGUUCAUCUGGCACCAACAGAAGAAACGGAUUCUACUGAGCUGGGGUCUGGAUGGGAAUUGACCCUUGGCCCACACACCUACACCAAAGACGGUGGCCUGUCUAGUUAUGGCGUCAGUGUGAGGCUUCUGUCAGCGUUCACUCCGGCCUUGACCCUAGAUCUCUGACCCGGGACACGGUUCUGGCUGUUGAUGGACUCCAGGGACGUUUUCGGUGUGUCAUGCUGAGACAACCCUGGGUCUGGGUCUGGGCGGUGAAACUUAGUUCUUUGCUUUCUGGCCAGCUGGGUCUGGCUGGGGUCCAGGUUGGGAACUGUGGCUUGCCCUCACUGUGUUCGCCACUUUUGUACUGGGGAAGGGUCUGGGGCUUCUCCUGCAGUAAAGGACAAGGCCCCAAACAC